AAAAAUGUUUCGUAAAAACAGCAUCACGCCAAUGAGGGCGAGAACGAAGUUGUCAUUAUACGACGACGAUGAUGAUGAUGAUGUUGAGAUGCAGAAGUACGCUGCACGUGGAUUAAAUAUGAAACUUGUUGUUGAUGAAGAACAACAAUAUGAUGUGUUACAGACGUUACGGAUGAUACCAACACCUAUACCCACAAAACGAAGAUUGAAAUCAAAAUUAUUUUCGGGGCCAGUGAAAGGCUUGCAUGGCAUUGAAGCUUGGAAAUACAGACAGAAAGUGAAUUGGACCAGAUUUAAAGCAUCACUAAAAGAUCUACAAUAUCGAUUGGAACUAUGGGGAUCUUCAUUGAGACAUAUCGAAGGCUACCAAGGAACUGGCGUUGUAUCUUAUUUUGUUUUAUUAAGAUGGUUGUUGUUGUUGAACUUUCUCAUCUUUCUGUUGGUCUUUACCAUGAUAAAUUUACCCAUGAUGUUGUUUCCUGAAGUUAGCUUUACUAAUAGCAGCUCUGAAGUGGCUGUUUGCUCAGCAUCCUAUUCUGUUAAUGUAUCUUCUGGGGCUCUUGAACUGGUUAUAGACAUCUUCCAAGGAACGGGAUGGAUGGAAAAGACAGCUAUGUUUUAUGGUUAUUAUUCUGGUGAUGGUGUAGUUUUAAAUUCAUCCUUAAAUGAUUACGAUUACAAUCUACCUUUAGCAUAUAUCCUGGUCACCGUAACUUGUCUUUUACUUAGUCUAUUUCUUAUGGCUAGACAUACAGCUAAAAGUUUCAGAGAGACCAUAUUGGAUGCAGAAAAUACGAAUCUGGAAUAUUGCAAUCAGAUAUUUACAAGUUGGGAUUAUAGUUUAAAUGAUCAGCAUGCUGCGGAUAUUAAACAAAAAAGUAUACAUUAUUCUUUGGCUAGUGAAAUGGCUGAACAGAGAUUUGAGAAAGCAAAAUCAGAGAAGAUGCAGAAUUGUUGUAAAAUGUGUGGAUUAUAUACUACCAGAGCUAUUGUUAAUAUAUUUGUUCUGGGCUGUUUAUGUGGUGCAGGAUAUUUGAUAUAUUUUGUAACUUUAUGGUCAUCAUCUUAUAUAGCAUCGAAUACCGAUGAACAGAGCAGUGUUAUUAUAUUAUUGGUUCAGUAUUUACCGUCAAUAACAAUUACAGUAUUAAACGCUGCAUUACCAAAUGUAUUUAAAAUAGUAGUGAAAUUUGAACAUUAUAGCCAAGCUUUUGUUCUGAAGCUUUCUCUUAUCAGAACGGUCUUUUUAAAACUGGCAUCGCUAACUGUAUUGGUUGGAACUCUGUAUUCUGAGAUCACCUGUUCUACUAAGAACAGUUGUGGAGCAGGAAUCUCACCAUGUUCAGAAAUAACAUGUUGGGAGACAUAUGUAGGUCAACAGUUAUAUAAAUUGGUAAUCAUGGACUUUCUGGUUGGCGUUGGUGUUAUCUUACUAGUAGAAAUACCAAGAAGGAUUAUUGUUAGUAAAUGUAGUUGUGGUAUAGCCCAAAAGGUCGGAGCAGCACAGUUCGACAUUUCAAAGAGUGUCUUAGAUCUAGUUUACGCUCAGAUUCUGUGUUGGAUGGGAUUUUUCUUUGCCCCAAUUCUUCCAGCUAUAGCCUUAAUAAAACUUCUGAUUGUGUUCUAUGCCAAAAAGCUAUCAGCGUUAUUUGCAUGUGAACCACCAGAAAAACCCUUCAAGACAUCUCGUUCAAACAGUUUCUUUAUGAUAGUGUUAAUACUGGCCUUUUUUCUGUGUUGUUUCCCGGUUGGGUAUACUAUGGCCAAUUUAGCACCAUCCAAAAGCUGUGGUCCUUUCCGAUCGUAUAAUUUUAUUUAUAUGGCGAUAACUUCAGCUAUUGGUAGCGGUCCAUUUGAAUUACAAGUCAUCUAUGAUGUUAUUGUAUCACCUGCCGUUACAGCUUCCAUUAUUAUUAUACUAGUGUUGUUGAUAUAUUACUGUUCUGCCAUGAGGUCAGCUCACAAAGAUAUGAGUAACUUACUCCGAGAAGAAAUAAUUUUGGAAGGAAAAGAUAGACAGUUUUUGUUGAAUAGAUUAAGGGAUGCUACGGGGGAAGCCGUUCCAAUGAGAACUAUUCGACGAAAAUCUAUUGCUACCAUUACACCUACAGAUCCCCUAUUGAAUGUUGAUGAUAUCUUGGAAUCAGAACCUGAAAACAAGAACAAAACAGCACUAUCGCGUAAUAAUACAAUAUAUAGUACUAACAAAGGUGCUGUGUUUACUCCACCUAAUUUGGUUUUACCAGAUGAUGACUUUGAUUUCUGAGAUAAUGACCAAAAGUUGCUUGUAAUACCGAUUCUUUGAUUCCGUACUAUAAUAAAACUAAAGUGCUGUGAAAUGCAAUAGUUUUUAGACCAGGCACUGGGCCCCAAGCUCUACUCGUCUUAUUGUAGUUCUUCUUCUUUGGGGUGACACUCUUAAAAAAAGCCCAAGUACAUCGACAUGAGGAACUUGGCAUGCUUGUGCCUUGGACAAUUCCUAAUCGAUUGACGGACUUAGAUUUUUGAUUCCAACAUGGUGGCGUUGAGUUCAUGCUUGAUUCCUGGUUCCUGGUCCAUUAUAAAGUAAUAUCGUACUUGUUAUAUAAUUGAUGUUAUAUCCUGUUUAAAAGUUAUGUAUCUGAAAUUCUGCAAGGGUCAAUGGUCGUUCUUUUACAACUCAGAUAAUAUGUUUCAUCACGUUUACCUGCAGCUGUAGACGUAUUAGUAAACGCGAUUGGGACUCUUUACAUAGACAUAACAAUCUGGUCAGAUCAUGAUAUAUUUCGGCAAAUUUAACGUGGACAGUAUCCUGGUGAUGCCGUAUUGGCAAUUGAAUUAUUAUUUUAAAUUGUUUUGUAAAAUAUAACCAUUGUUGAUGUAUAUACAAUUAUUUUGUGAUAAUUUAUAAUUAUCAAAAUACAUGUUAUAUGAUGUGCUCAAUAUAAUUUCUUUAUGCUGUUUGUUUUUUGUAGAUGUAAGUUAUUCUAUAUCUAUACAUUCCGUCCAUUUGUUCCUUACAGUAUUUCUCCUUUUGAGAAAUAAAGAUACAGUUAAAGAUACAUUCCCCUGCGAUGCUAAAUAUAAUUAUAAUCAUGGAUUAGAAGACAUAUCCAAAAUCACAAGGAAAGCUAUUUCGACAAUCUAUAUUUGGUAUUACACUCGUGAUUAGACAAUGAAUAGACGAGCACUGGCUUUAAUCACCAAUGAAGUAAUGUAGAUAACAGUAUUUAUUGUGAGGUUAUAGGGUGCUUUUAUUUUUCCUGUUCAUUAAAAAUGAUUUAAACGUUCAAAAGAUGACGAUUGUUUCUCGAUGGUAUAUAUCUUUAAUGAUUUUUCAUCAAAAUUAUUUUUACAUUUUUAUUUUUUAUUAUUUAAAAAAACCCACCAACAACCAAUAACCAUCCACCAUCCAAUUGUUAUUCAAACAGCGAUACAGGGCUUCCCUGAAACCGACAUAGAAGGACGAUUAUUUUUUGAUAUUUCUAUGAUAUUUCUAUUGCCCAGGUUUAGCAUUAUUUUAUUAUGAAACUACGAUGAUGGUUAAAUUGUAUGUAUAUAUUAUGACAGUAUUGUCUGUUUAACUUAUUUUUGUACUGAAUGCAGUUAAUCUAAAGUUAUAUAAUAGUUUUGUCUUGUUUUUUAACGAUAAAACACUUUAACAACACUCGAGCGAAUAUUUGAAAUAAAGAUAUUAAGAUAUACCAUUCUAUAUGUUAGAACGGAAAUGACCUAGUUUGUGUUGGUUGGACUUCCAGCACCAAUUCUGUACCCUGAAUUCUUUAAUUGGCGUCGGUUUUAUAAUUUAUAUCUAAUUUAUAUGUCAAAUCAUUGCUUAAAAACUUUAAUGUGAUGAAGACUAUGACUAACCACUUGAGUCAGAUUUA